AUAAUAGUACAUGUGCACAUAACAUAUUAAUUUAUUAAUAAUUUUGCUUAGGAAGGAAUGCUUUUUUGAUUUCUUUUGUAAACUUAUUAAGCUAAAAAGUUUUGUGACUGAUUUUAGUUUAAAAAGAGCAUAAAAAUGAAAUCAGUUUGUCGCUGUGUUUUGACCACAUAUCGCACGAUGAUAAUUAAUUCUAGCAAAAAUUUUUCAUCAGAAUCUAAAACAUUUGAAGAAACAUUACAUAAACUGAAACCUCAUGCACGAAGUGGAGUGUUAGGAGCUGUAAAUAAAAGUGAAACAGGAUUUCCUGCCUAUGUCAUUCUAAAAGAAACUAGUCCUAUAUUAAGUCAAGCCAUUAUGGAAGUAAAAAAUAGAAAAACACGUCAAAAGAAGGCUAGUAUAUUACUAGAAGGAAAACGAUUAAUUCAAGAUGCAUUAAAUAUUGGUGUUAAACCAAAAAAAAUAUUUUUUAGUCAAAAAAGAGUUUUAGAAAGUUUGUAUUUACCAAACAAUCUAAGAGAACUGUCAGUUAUAGAUACAAUAUUUUAUCAAACCCCCUAUAAAAUGAUGCAGCUUUUUUCAAACACUGAAACAUCACAAGGAAUAAUGGGAAUAUUUGAAAUGCCAAUGUUUGAAAUGCCUACUUCAAAAAAUUUAUUUCCAAUUACAGUUAUCUGUGACAACAUUCGUGAACCGGGUAAUUUAGGAUCAAUUUUAAGAACUGUAACUGCUGUCGGUGUUUCAAAAAUUAUUUUAACAAAAGGUUGUACAGAUAUGUGGGGAGACAAAGUUUUAAGAUCAGCUUGUGGUGCACAUUUUAGAAUAGACAUCUCAUCAGAUGUAUCUUGGAGUUCAUUGGAAAACUUGAAAGGUCAUGUAUGUGUUGCUGAUAAUAAUAACUUAAGUACAAAAUAUGAUACAAAUAAAUCAGAAGUCAAAGUAUUUUCUAAAACUAUAAAUACUCAAUUAGCAAUAAUUCCAUAUCAUGAUGUAGAUUAUUGUAAAGGUACUCCAUUAAUUUUAAUAAUUGGUGGUGAAACACAUGGCAUAAGUGAUGAAGCUUAUAAAUUUGCUGAAAAUAGAAAAGGUAUUCGAGUUUACAUACCUUUAUUAAAUGAGGUGGAGAGUUUAAAUUCAGCGACUACUGUUGGCAUCUUAUGCUUUGAAGCUAGAAGACAAAUAUUAAACUCAAGUAAUAUUGAUAGUCAAAAUAGUCUAGUAUUAAACAAUUGAUUAUCAUAUUUUUGCUUUUAAUAAAUAUAUAUUAUGUAUAUUUUAUAUUUGUAAUUUAAAAUAAUUAUUGAUAAUAAUUGAAUUAUUAUAUUAUAAGAAUUAUUAAUUC